AUGUCCUCGAGCACUGCUUCCAUCACGUCUUUGCUGUCAAAGCCACGUUCUGAGCUUACCCAAGAGGAGCUCAAGGCAAUUGAAAUUCACGAAUUUGAGACCGGCCCGCUAUCCCUAAUCAAGCGAGCAAUGAAAUCCAGGACAAUGGUGCUUAUCAGUUGCAGGAGUAAUAAGAAGCUUCUUGCCAAAGUCAAGGCGUUUGAUAGGCACUGCAAUAUGGUGUUGGAAAACGUCAAGGAGGUUUGUGUCAUCGAUUUCGCUUAUCAUGUAGAUGUGGGUCGAUACUCCCCGCGGUGGCGGAAAGAACAAGCGUCAAAAGACAGGCCGGCCUCUCAAUAG